AUGGAACGAAAUGGUCAUAUCACAAAAAUAUCAGAACCUACUGAUUGGGUCAGUUCCAUGGUAGUUGUAGUGAAAGGCAACAAGUUAAGAAUAUGCUCCGACCCUAAAGACCUCAAUAGGGCAAUCAGAAGAGAACAUUACCCGAUCCCAACAGUUGAAGAGGUAGUGGGAUCGAUGGCUGGUACAAAAGUCUUCUCUGUAAUAGACGCAAGGUCAGGCUUCUUACAAAUAAAACUUGACUAUGAGUCAAGCCUGGUGACAACGUUCAAUACACCAAUAGGACGCUACCAUUGGUUGAGACUACCAUUUGGAAUAAAAGGUGCUCCGGAAAUAUUCCAGAAAAUAAUGGACAACAUGCUAAGUGGCAUUGAAGGAGCUAGAGCAGUAAUGGAUGAUAUCCUUGUAGCUGGCUGA